AUGUCCAACACAGACACGCGUAAAGAGAUAACCCAAAGCAAAGGCAGUCACAAGUCCACAGUCGUUCUCGAGCUCGUAGCAGAAAAGCUAUAUAUCACUUGGACCUGUGUUUGCGAUUACUCUCAUUCUCAUGUCAACAAACCAUUCAUCAAUGAAGUCGUCGCAGCUGAAGAAAAGUGUAACGAAAAAGGAUGCGGCCAUCCGGUAUUUAUCAACGACGAAUCUCUCAAACAGGCCGAGGCUGCUAUAGUCCAGUUCAAAGAAAUUUUUAGUGGAGAGAAGCCUAACUCAGACAAACCCCCCACGUACGAUGUGUCCCAAGAUGCCCCUCCAAAAUUCACAGACUACGAAAUCCCAAGCACCCCGCGAAACCCUCUGACAGAAUCAACUAUCAACCUCGACGGCGGUGCGCACCGCCGAAUUCAUGUACGGUUUGAAGGAUUAGGACCAGGGAAAGGAUAUCAAUUGUGGUUCACCUACUUUUGCACGAAAACUCCUCAAGAUAAGCCUUUUGUUGAGCCGUCAAGUGGGUUUGUGGUUAAUACGGCGAAAGAGAGGUGCUUGGGUUGCGGGGAGCUGAUGCUUGUUGGGGAGGAGGCGAGGAUGCAAGCUGGAGAGGCUACGGAUAAGUUUAGGGCGAUCGUUGAUCGGAGGGAGAAACAGUAUCGUGGCAUUCGUUGA